CUCUCGGUCUCUCCAUUCUCUCCCCAGCCCCCUCCCUUCCCUUCCGCCUCCUUCUCUCCCCGAAAUCGCAAGCCCCCGCAGAAAUCCCCCCUCCAGAUUCUCCGCUCCGAUCGCCUCGUCCGAAGCUCGCGUAAACCCUAGCCAGGCCCUCGUCCUCCUCCUCGCCUUCUCGGUCGUGGUUCGGGCUUCCUCGGUCGCCGCGGGGGAAGGGGCAAAACCCUAGCCGCCGUCGCCGACAAGGCCAGAUCCCGGAUCCUCCGCGGGCGGGACCCCGUGCCCGUGCGCGUCCGCAGAAUGGAGUCCGCGGCGGCGCGCAAGGAGUGGCGCGCCGUCCCCGACGCCCCGCUCCGCACCAAUGGCGCCGAGGAUGCUGCUGAGCGGGUGAAGAUGGCGCAAUCCGAGGGCCGGGCCAUCUAUGAGGAUGGGGCAGCAGGGCUGGAGGACUUCUGCUCGAUCACCAUCGACGGGAGCGGCGGGCUCAGCGAGGACAUCCUGCAGAAGCGCCUGCAAAACAUCGUGCACCAGCGGAAGGAGCUGGAGCAGGUGGAGAUCGAGCUGCGCGCGCAGGCCAUCGCCCACCCGCAGAUCAUCGAGGUUCAGCGCAGCUUCGGGGUGGCUGCCAAGGAGCAUGCAGCAGCAGUAGCAGACCUCAAGGACCAACUACAUCAACGGGAGAAGUAUAUUCUUGAGCUGCAAAUGAAACUGGAUGACAAGGAAAGGGAAUUGGAUGCUUUGAAGAUUGACCAUCAGACGGUAUGGGCAAAUCAGGAUCUACUUAGAGAACAGACCAAAGAACUAGCAAGUGUGAGAAGGGAGCGUGAUAAUUCUGAAGCUGAAAGAAACCAGCAUCUUAAACAAAUUCAUGAUCUCCAAGAACAUCUGCGAGAAAAGGAAACCCAAUUUCUUGCAUUAGAAGAACAGCAUAGGGCUGCUCAAGACAACAGUAUUUACAAAGAUGAACAGUUGAGGGAAGCUCAUGCUUGGAUUGCACGAGUUCAAGAAAUGGAUAUUUUACAGUCCCAGGCACUGCAAGCUGAGUUGCGUGAACGCACUGAGCAAUUCACUCAAUGUUGGGCCAAUUUCCAGCAGCAGUUUGUUGAAAUGCAACAGAGUUAUCAUCAUACAAUACAACGACUCUCCGUACAAAUCCAUGAGAUGAGAUUACUUGCGAAUGAACAAGAAGAUAAUUUACAAGCUGCCCAGGAGGGUUCACCAGAUUCGUCAUAUGUUCAAAACAAGGGGGAUAACUUGGCUGGAAAUGGUAGUGCAUUAGCAGAUGGCAAUCAGUCAAUGACAAAUAAUGGAAGUCCAGAUGACUUUACAAAGGGAAAUAAUGCCCACGCUGUUCCUGUUGUUCCAUCUUCACUAUUGGGAAUAGGUGGUUUCGUUCCUCCUGGGCAGAUGGCUGGGAUGCAUUCUUAUAUGCUGCAUCCGCAAGGUAUUGCUCAAUCUUUAGCCCCGCCCAACUCUGGUGUUCCUCAGUUUGGUACUUUUCAGCCUUCAAUCCAACCAAGCGUACACUGGCCAAAUCAACAGGAAGCACACAAUGUCUCACCAACACCAGAUGCAACAAUUUAUCAGCCAUCCCAAUCAGAUCAGACUGUAUUACAAUCAGGUGCCAGUAAAAACAGUGAGCUCUCUUCUAAGCAGAGUCAGGUAGCCCAUCCAGAAUAUCCUACAGCUCAUGCAGAGCAACAACAACGCUCCCCAAGCAUCAUUGCUGAACAAACUCAUGAACCAAAGGUUGUGGAAUCCAAUGUUACUGAACAUUUAGUUUAUAACGAAGAGCAAAAGGCCCAGGAUUCAUCUUCGAAUGCCAGCUCUACUGGAAAGUUUGAACAUCAAGAAGAGACAGCGGAAUUGAAGGGUGAGAAAGUUACAUCUGGCAAGCAGUCUGUGGAGCAGGUACCUAGGAAGCAGAAUCAAGCUUCUGAUAUUACUGGAUCAACUACCCAGGUGCACUCGAAAAAUAUAAUGCCGGAGUUAAAGUCUAAUGUUGUGAAUCAGGCUGACUCACUCACGUUAUCUGCUGGUGGUGCGGGUUCACUGUUACCUUCCAUACAAAAGGAGCCUGCCCUUCUAGAUGAAAGAUCCCUUCUAGCUUGCAUUGUUCGUGCAGUUCCUGCUGGAUCUGAUAACCGAAUCAGGAUUAGUUCAACUCUGCCAAAUAGGCUUGGGAAAAUGUUGGCCCCUCUUCAUUGGCAUGACUAUAAAAAACGAUAUGGGAAGCUGGAUGAUUUUGUGGCUAGUCAUAAUGAGCUUUUUGUGAUUGAAGGAGACUUCAUUUACCUUCGUGAAGGAGCACAACAGAUCAUUUCAGCUACAACAGCUGCUGCUAAAAUUGCUGCUGCUGCGGCGGCAUCUUCUGCUUCUUACUCAACGUUAUUGCCUUCAGUUGCUGUCACUCCUGUCGCACAAGUCAAUCGGCAAAAGAGAGGACCUGUUGUCGAUUCCAGAACUUCCAAUUCAAUGCCCUCAGGAAAUGGCUCUACUACAGGUAGCUUUGGAGAUCAACAAGGGAAUGGUUUUUUAGAUGAAGUUCGACCUGGGCAGUCAUCCAGGCACACGGCUGCCAAUGGAGGAAGACAUGAACGAGCUGGUCUCCCUGCACAUGACAAAGGUGCAGGUAUCAGACAUGGUUAUGGAGGAAAGCAACAGGGGAGGUCUACAGGGACCGAAUACAAUUCACGGAGAUAAGUAUGUGGCUUGUCUUCAGGUAUGGUUGGCUUAAAGGGCGGUGAACUGGUCGAAAAUCUAGUCAUGUGGCUGCAUUCUGGUUUCGAAUGGCUGAUGCUGAAGAUCACCUGGAUUAAUUGUCCCAGAUUUAAUUCCCGCAUCAUUGCUUCUUCUUUUUCAUAGUGCCUCUAUUGGGCCCUUGUUCGGCAAGUUGUCCUGAAACUCCUAGUCCAGAAUCAGAAAAGUACCGAGGGAAGUUUUGCAACAAUGUAACAUCUUCUGUGCUUGCAUGAUGUUGGUGCGCGCUUGAAUUGAAUUGAUAGGAUCGUGUGUCCUUGGGAUGGUGCAAUGUGUCAUUUGCAUACCGAAGAUGGAUGCUUGGUUUGAACUCUUGGGUUACCGUGUCCAUUUGAAACUGUGUUCUGUCUUGACGCAAAUUGUGUCUGCAUCAUGCCAAUGGUUA